CAAGCGGCCGCAUCAAAUAUAAGAGCGUAGACCCACAAACUCUUUCAAAAGAAACGCAAUGCAGUUAAGUAUAAUUAAUCUAUUUUCUUUAAAAUUGAAUACAUAAGUUUCGCAAUUUGCACUUAAAACAAUGAAUUUAGUUAACGUUACAAUCUCAACACGUAGGCGUCAAAAUCGAAAUCCCAAACGACCCGUGCGUCGUUUAAUAAAGAAGAAUGGCCAUUCGAACGUGAUCCGAACAACAAUUUCCUCGCUGAGAGAUAGAUACUGGCGUGAUCUAGGCAACACUCUAGUCAAUCUGAGCUGGUUAUGGACGCUUUUCUGUUUAACUGCCUGUUUCAUGCUCAGUUGGACAAUGUUUGCUACAGUUUGGAUGCUGAUAGGAACUUCGAAUUCUGAUAAUUUCGUAAACAACACGACGCCUUGCUUGGUUGGAAUCGAGGGAUUCACAGGUUACAUGAUGUUCAGUAUAGAAACGCAGCAAACUAUUGGUUACGGAGGCCGCUACAUCACCAAUAAUUGCCCCGAAGGAACAUUCCUCAUAAGUCUGCAGAUGAUCUUGAGCGGAGCAAUUUGCGGUGGCAUGGUUUGUAUCGUUAAUGCAAAACUAGUUAGGCCAAUCCAAAGAUUUUCCAAGCAUUUAUUCAGCAAAAAAGCUGUGAUUAAUUUAAGGGAUGGUGAAUUGUGUCUUAUAUUCAGAAUUAGAGAUGAUAACAUGCGUUACGCCAUUGGUACAACAAUAAACGCGUAUCUUGUGCAAAGUAGAGUUGAGGAACCUUUCCUCAAAUCCGUAACUUUGGAACCUUUCGGUUUACUGUUAUGGCCUUUGGAGAUUGUUCAUAAAAUCACUCCAAGCAGUCCGUUUUGGGAUCUCUCAGCUAAAGAACUUAUAACAAAGCAAUUCGAAUUAAUCGUGAUGAUGACUGGCACUUCGGCUAUAACAGGUCAAAGUUCGAAGACGCGAGGUUCGUACUUAAGUAAAGAAAUAUUUUGGGGUAGCAGGUUUAGGCCUUGUGUUUACUACAACUCAUUAGAGAACAGCUAUUUCGUGGAUCACGCGCUUUUCGAUGAAAUCGAAGAAACUUCGAUUCCCUUGUGCAGCGCGCAAAGAUUAGGAGAAGUAAUAGAAGAAAUAAUCACACCAAAUCCAGAGGAUGAGAACAGAGUCAUUUUAACGGAAUUAGACGUUUACGAAACCUGCUCCCCCAGCUGCAGCAGGGCUAAAGCAUCGAUAGCUAGUAGUUAUGAUAGUUUGAACCAUUCCAGUUACGAAAAUAUAACAGAAGAAAUGAAGGAGAUGAGAUUGGGGAAACGAAGGGCCGUGAAAGAAGUGGACAGGAUUUUGGAAAGGGUAAUUAAGGACGUCAAAGAUUUCUCCGACGAAGUGGAGGAGACGAAUAUGUAAAUCGGUCUCAGGAUAAAAGUUACGAAGCUUAAGAAGACCGAUGUGAUGAUGAUGAUUAGUGAGCCGUAUAAAUCUCGAGGUCUUAGAGGAACAAUUAGAUGUUGGGGAAAGGGGGAUUUGAAAUAAGUUUAAAAAAAUAGAAAGGAAAGAGAAAGACGUGCUGCAGGAACACCUAAUUCUCAGUCCUCCGUUCCAUAUAAAAGUAAUUGUGUAUCGUACAUCAUUUAUCUCAACAUCCUUCGCUUUUAAUGCGGUAAUAUUUCGUGAUUAUCUUCGGUCGGGUGAAAAGGUUCUCUCGCGUUUCUCAUUCUCUCCCUUGCAACGAGAUAAAAAGAGAAAAACUCUACCUAAUUGAGUCUAAGUUGUAAGCGCGUCAUACUAAUAACAAUGAUAAUCGUAAGGGAGGUCAUGCCGCAAUUGUUUCAAACAAAAGAAGUCAGAAACGUAUGGAUCCUGAGGAUUCCUUCGUAACUGUACCCACCCCACACGAUUAUAAUGACAUUCGUGACGAUAAUAAAAUUUUAAAUUAGAAAUUACCUUUGGCGCGUGCAAUUUCCGUUUCAAAUUAACUCUUGCCUCAUUCAUACGAAUGCACGUGAUGUCUUUGAUUAAAACAUUUUCGAAUCAAAUAAAUUCCACGAGACCGACCAACUGGCGUUCAUCAUAGAUGAGAUGAGAUGAGAUGGGAGUUACGGAAUGAACUGCUCCUGCGGAUGGCCUUAUCCAAAAUUUACUAUAGAAGUAUACAUUAUUUCUUUGUACUCCUUGUCUCAACCGAAAAUCGGAAAUCAUAUUUCUUUUCUCGACCUGCAUUUUUUUUUGUGCAUACAUCAUGAAUUCAUUCCACUGCACUCCAAUCAGAGGAAAUAUAAGAAAUGUCUUAAAUACAUUCGAAUUUAAAA